UGAUGAAACUUGUGGAAAUUAUUUCAGGAUUAACUACCUCUGAUAAAACUUUAAGUAUUACGAAACAAUUAGCUGUAUCUAUGGGUAAAACUUGUUCUCAAUCUCAAGAUGUUCCAGGAUUUAUCGCAAAUAGAUUGUUGAUGCCUUAUAUUAAUGAAGCUAUAAUUGUGUUUGAACAGGGCAUAGCAACACGAGAAGAUAUUGAUACCACCAUGAAGCUUGGUACUAAUACACCUAUGGGACCUUUGGCAUUGGCCGAUUUUAUUGGUCUUGAUACGUGUUUGGCUAUUAUGAAAGUAUUACACAAUGAGAUUGGCGAGAAAUAUAGACCCGCCACAUUAUUACAAAA